AUGGCCUGCUCGCCGGUUCGCCAGCUGCUUGAAGGUUGCGGCGGCACCGACCGCCUUCGGAUCAACUCGCCGACACUUCGAAGCGUCGCCGUCUGUGAUCGAUACUACACCAAGGGGAUAGUCGUGGAGAAUGCCCCGCGGCUGGAAAGAUUGAUCGGAGCCGACUGGCCUUUCACCACGCCGUACAUCACGGUAAUCUCGGCACCGAAGCUGGAGAUCUUGGGCUCAUUGGUAGACGACUUCUCUAGAUUCAGGCUACCGUCCACAGUUUCUCAGGAAAUGGUUGCUGACAACUUGAAAAUGCCGAUGCGCAGUGUGAAGGCUUUACAUCUCACAUCUUGUGGCCCUAAUCUCAAUUCAGUCGUUGUCUUCCUCAAAUUCUUUCCAUGCUUGGAGAAGUUGUAUAUCACGACAUCUCCGCAGUCGGCCAUGGAAAAUGCGUAUCAGCUUGACCCACAAGAUCCUAUUGAAUGCCUUGACCAUCUCAGAGAAAUAGUGUUGCAGUGUUACGUGGGCAACGAAGCAGAUGUUAACUUUGCCAAGUUCUUUGUUCUGCAUGCUAAAGCACUCGAGUUGAUGAAAUUUGGUGUCAAUGAUGUAUGCACAGAGGAAUGGAGAGCUGAUCAGUACAGGCGUCUGCAGUUUGACUGUAGGGCUUCUCAGAAUGUUCGGUUUGAUUUUAGAUCUGAUUUUAGCUGUAGAAUUGCUAUAUGUUUCCAUGAUAAUCAGAUCCUGUCCAUGGCUGAUCCCUUUGAAAGCUCUUGCAUGCUUUGUAGAAAAGGUUGA